AUGGCCCGGACUCCACAGGAAACUACAAGGAAGCGGCCUUGGAAGUCGCAACGAGAACCUACUCGAGAACCUACCCCGGAAGAAGUAGAAGAAGAAGAGGAGGAGGAGGAGGAGGAAGAUGAAGAAGACGAAGAACCUCAACAACCAACCCGCCGUCGACAAACCUACAGCAAACAGCCAAAACCACGUCACAAUCGUCAUGAAACUGAAGUAGCAGAACCAAAUGAUGCAUCCGGUCUUAGAGCUCGUCGAAAAGGCGGUGCUGCCGCUGCUGCCGGUAGAAAGGCUUCAAAGCGUCGACGAAGUGAAGAAGAGGAAGAGGAAGAGGAAGAGGAAGGGGCGGGAGAGGAAGAAGAGGAGGAAGAAGAAGGGAGUAGACCCGGCGACAAGGGACUAGCUCCUGUUAGUAAACUUGUAAGAUUGGCUUUAGCGAUGGAGUAUCAAAAGAAACCGAUAAGAAGACAGGAUAUCACGGAGAAAGUCCUCGGCCCAAAAUUCAAAGGUGACUUCAAAAUAGUCUUCCAAGAAGCCCAAGACGCUCUAAAAAACAUCUUCGGCUUCGAAAUGGUCGAACUCCCCGCCAUAACAGAAAGAAUCUCUUUAGCCCAACAACGUCGACAAGCCGCCGCAGACGCCCAACGCGGCGACUCAAACGCCGGUUCCACCGCCGCAGAACAAAAGAAAAAGAAAGAAGCUUCAGGCUCCAAAAGUUGGCAAUUGGUCUCCAUCUUACCGGAUAAAUACCGUCUACCGAUCCUAAUAUCCCCACAGUUGCCCGAUGACCAAACAAUCCUGGGUAUCGGUAGCGCAAUAGUCACGUUGGUAUACCUCUCCGGGAGGAGUGUGGGUGAAAAAGUUCUACUACGGCAUUUGAGGAAAUUUGGAGUGGAGGAUAGGAUACCCGUUGAAGGUAAUAGGGAGAAUGGGAAGAUGGAGAAUAUCAUGGGGAAGUUGAUCAGGGAAGGGUAUUUGGUUAAGCUGAAGGAUGAGGUUGCCCCGGGACAGGAACAGACUUAUACGUAUGUUGUUGGACCUAGAGGCAAAUUGGAGGUUGGGAGGGAAGGGGCUACGCUGUUUGUUAAGAAGAUUUAUGAAGGUGUAGACGGUGAGGUUGAUGAAGCCUUUGAGAGAAAGGUUAAUAGAGCUUUUGGGAAGGAAGAAGGACAAAAUGGUGGUAAAGGGGGUGGGGAGGAAGUUGAAGAAGCGGGCGGUAGUGGAAGGCGCAAUGAGGGACGAACAAGAGGUGGAGGUAGCGGAAAGGGAAGAGGUGGAGGUAGACCGGGGAGAAGACGAAGAGAUGAUAGCGAAGAUGAAGAGGAGGAAGAGGAGGAGGCAGGUUCCGAUGAAGACAGCGAAUGA